AUAGAUUAAAAUUAAAAAAUUCGAUGUCCCUACCAUGCUUCCGUACCUUUGAGGGUAAAGCUGUGUUAUUUAUAGAUCCUGGUGUACCGUAGCUAUUGAUCCGUACUAUACUGUAAAAGGUAUGUUUACCAAUUUAUGACCUAUUUAAUCGUCAACAUUUCGCAAGAUAUAAACAUAAAGGUAAAGGAUUUAUAAUCAAAACCCCAGAUGAAUUUUGAAAGGAAUAUACCUUAAAUCAUGUCUAAUUACUACGAUUCGACACAUUAUGACGGCGGAAAAGUUCAGUUUGGACUACCCGUCUACGGGAGAGUAUACACAGAGAGAUGUGCAGCAGAUGUCACCAAGUGCAGAUGGAACUGUUGUGAGGACAGCAAUAGAAAAACUGAAAUCUUACUCGGUAAUUGCGAUGAUAUUGGCGUUUUUGACUAUUGUGUCGGGAGCCACAACUCUUGGAGUAGCUAGCAAAAAUAUAGGAUUCCCAGUGUUUAAUUUUGGACCUCUUCUUGUUGGAAUUCUUUUUUUCAUUUGUGGCUCUGUCGGAUUUAAUGCAACCAAAAAGGCACUGAGUACAGAUACAGCGUUUAAGAGUUUGUCUUAUGCCAGAUGCGGUAUAAUUGCGGUGUUUGCCAUCAGUGUUGCCACAAUAAGCAUUUCUAUUUUGUCGGCGGUGUUUGCAUUUCUCUCUGGGGCUGUGUGUGCUGGUGCAGACAUUACGUUUUACAACAGAAACAAUAACAUCCGCACCAAAAUCGAUGUCAAACAAUUCUGCUCGCCAAACGACACAGCAAAUGCGGUGCUAGCUUUUAUUGACGGAGGGCUGUGUAUUCUAACAACCAUAUGGUGCAUCAUAGGAACACUGUUUUUCUGUUGCUAUGGGAAAUAUUUUGGUAUCAAAAGUAAUAGAGUUAGAAGGGGAUUUUAAGACGCGAGUGGAGCCUCGAGGGAAAUACUGUUCUGCUUUUAGUGUUUUAGAAAGACUAAGAUUCGUUCGAGUCCAAGCCAAGAAAGCAGCAUGAAGCUGUAACUGAAAAUCUGCGAAAGACGUACACGUGUAUAUUGUAUUCCUGCCAACAAUAACGAAUGGUCCAAUCGUUAAAAAAAAGGAAAAAAUCUCUUUUUUGUCGUAAAUACAAAACUUAGUUAAGUCAGCUAUAUUUUGAUUAUGUCCUUUACGACUUUGUCUGUUCUAUUUGUUUAAGGUGUAACACCAUUUUCAGUAUUUCAGUCAUGCACACGCUUGCAUCUAAUACAUCCAGUUUUCCUGGAUCCUGUACCAGUAGUAACCCGUUUUCCGAAAGUAACUGUCAACUUCUCUACAUGAAUCCGGUGGAGGACGAAAUGAUCAUCAGACACAAUGGUUUUACAGAGAACGUGCGCCUCGUCAGAGGAUCGAAUCACAACGGCGUGUUUCGUAGAACUGCACUCUCCCUGCAGACUGUUACUUGAACGUUUAAGUCAACAUUUUCUUCUCUACAAAUGUACUUUUAUUGUAUAACAUAGAGACGUCUACUUCAUAAAAUUCCAUUUUUACGGAAAAUAUUUAUUCGCGUUUCAACCUUGUAUUUCAUAUGUUCAAUACAUGUAGUAUUUUGUACGUAGUUACACAGGGGAAAUAUUGUUAAAUGUUAUUUUUUUGUGUGCCAUACUUACCAGUGUUUUCAUAUAUGCCAACUUACUUUUAUUUGAUCAUUUUGUUAGGCCUAUUUAUUUAAUGUGACAGGAAAAAUAAAAGUAUUUUACACUAAAUAUAAUGACUGUACGACAACUUGCAUUGAAAGCACAAAAAAACUCCUCAAAGCGUGCUGCUAUACAUAUAAUACUGUAAGACAUGGGCGAGCCAAAUAUUAGUACAAAAGAAAAAGUUAAUUUUGCCAAUUAAAUGCACACAGGAUCAUGGCAAGACUGCACUGAAAUAUCGAUCACUUUCACAAAUUACUGGGCGACAGAUCUUUGUCAAUUUUCCAAUGCACUUCACAAGAAAAUUAUUUUCACUAUAAUUAAUUGAAAUGUAGAUCUGAGUAAAAUGUGAGAAGAGACAUUUUUCCACUGGUGUGCCAAAUCAUUCUUAAGAACUAAUUUUCAUACCAACAGACUACGACUGUGCAUCACACUUAUUUGAUUUUGUAACUGGGAUUUCGUUUCUACUUCAUUCGUCAGUUGUAUAUCUUUCUAUGCAUACUCUAUCUGUUGCAAUAAGAUUUCUUUAAAAUAUUUCCAA